UAACUGCUCAAACCGCACAACGGAUUCUCAGUGUGCGCGACUCAGGCAUUCUGUUCGUACUCAAUUAGCGCCAACGGUCUGUUACAAGCACUCGUCACAUCCGCAGCUUUUUUACCCGCACCACCUCUUAUUAGCUUUCGUACGUGAGCUCGAGCAAGGACGCUGACUUAGAGGACGCCGCGUAUUAUAAAACCGUUAAAGGCCUCUCUUUCUUUCUAGCCGCUAGCAAGCUAGUAAAUACAAGUCGCUGAUACCGCUGGAACCAAGUGUGAUACCGGUUUAUUUAUCGCUCUGGUUUAACGCGCUUAAACCGCGUCUGUCGCUAAACGCUAAAUAAAGUAGCUCAUUUUGUUGUCUUGUUUGUGUCGGAAAGUUUCGUGCUAAUGGGCUUGUUGUCUCAGGGCUCCCCGCUUAACUGGACUGAAACCAAGAAAUAUGCCGACCAUGUCAGAAAGCACGGCAUUGUGCAGUUCCUCAACAUCUACAACAAGGUGAAGGACCGGCAGAAGGAUGUGCUAAAGUGGGGCGACGAGGUAGAGUACAUGUUGGUGGAACUGGAUGAGAAAAAUGAAAAGGCCCGUGUGGUUCUGAACGGGAGCAAAGUGUUGGAGACACUGCAGGAAAAGGGGGAAAAGGUCAACCCCAACCAUCCAACCCUGUGGAGACCAGAGUAUGGCAGCUACAUGAUUGAGGGCACUCCAGGACAGCCUUACGGCGGGACGAUGUCCGAGUUCAACACAGUCGAAGACAACAUGGACAAACGGAGGAAGGAGGCGUCGUCCGUGCUCAAAGAGGACGACACUAUCUGCACUAUCACAUCGUUCCCCAGGUUAGGGUGCCCGGGAUUCACAAAGCCAGAACACAGGCCUACACCUGUUGAAAAAGGAGUGAGCAAGUCCCUCUUCUUUCCUGAUGAGGCCAUCAAUAGACAUCCCCGAUUCAGCACUUUGACCCGGAACAUUCGUCACAGAAGGGGGGAAAAGGUGGUGAUCAACGUACCGAUUUUUAAAGAUCAAAACACACCAAGUCCAUUUGUGGAGACGUUUCCCGAGGACGACGGGGAGGCGGCAAGUGCAGCUCGGCCCGAUCACAUCUACAUGGACGCCAUGGGCUUCGGAAUGGGAAACUGCUGUCUGCAGGUCACAUUUCAAGCUUGCAGCAUCAGUGAGGCUCGAUACCUCUAUGACCAGCUGGCCACAUUCUGCCCCAUACUGAUGGCCCUCAGUGCUGCUUCUCCCUUCUAUCGUGGCUACGUGUCUGAUAUCGACUGUCGCUGGGGCGUUAUCUCGGCCUCCGUGGACGACAGGACUCGGGAAGAACGAGGGCUGGAGCCUCUGAAAAACAACAAAUUCAGGAUCCACAAGUCAAGAUAUGACUCCAUUGACAGCUACCUUUCUUUUUGUGGGGAAAAAUACAACGACAUCGAACUGACAAUAGAUGUUGAAAUCUACAAUCAGCUCCUUGACGCAGGGAUUGACAAAUUACUGGCCCAGCACAUCGCCCACCUCUUUAUCCGUGACCCGCUGUCGCUCUUCGAGGAAAAGAUUCAUUUGGACGAUGAGAACGAAUCGGACCACUUUGAGAAUCUUCAGUCAACCAACUGGCAGACCAUGAGGUUCAAACCACCUCCUCCGAACUCUGACAUUGGAUGGAGAGUCGAGUUCCGGCCCAUGGAGGUUCAGUUAACUGACUUUGAGAACGCCGCAUACGUUGUGUUCAUUGUUCUCCUUACUCGAGUCAUCCUUUCCUACAAGUUAGACUUCCUCAUUCCCUUGUCGAAGGUGGACGACAACAUGAAAGUUGCCCAGAAAAGAAACGCAGUCCAAGAAGGCAUGUUUUACUUCAGGAAGGACAUCUUUAAAGGCUGCAGCCCAUUGUUUGACUCGGCCACCACAGCCGCCCAAAAUGGCGUAGAGACCGACGGCAACCAUGAGGAAUACACACUGAUGAGCAUCGACACAAUCAUUAACGGCAAGGAGGGAGUGUUCCAGGGACUCGUACCAAUUCUGAAUUACUACCUGGCGAACAUGGAGGUCGAUGUAGACACACGCUGCACCAUCCUGAACUACCUCAAACUCAUUAAGAAGCGAGCAUCGGGAGAACUGAUGACCAUGGCAAAGUGGAUGAGGGAAUUUGUUUCCAAGCAUCCACAGUACAAGAACGACAGCGUGAUCACAGACAAAAUAAACUACGAUUUGCUUUGUAAGUGUGACCGAAUUGCCAAGGGGGAGGAGCAGUGCCCUGAACUGAUCGGCGAGCCUGUGAAAAGGCGAAAGUGAGGCAG